GACGCCACCAGAGAGACAACUCGACUGAGGAGCAAAACUAAAAGCCAUUGAAAAUGUUGAGCCUGCAUGGAUUCCAGCCUUCCCUCACCUCAUUCAUGGGAAUGGACUGGCCAGUGCGCAGUCUCUGGCCGCAGAUCACAUCUCUUUACAGACACGGAGAGGAACUGCAGGAGCUGAAGAGAAGCCUGGAGCAGCUGGGGAAACUUCAGGAUAAGAUCCUUGAGGAGAUCCAACUGAUGCCACCCGCACAGGAGAUCUACCCAGUGGCCUGCACAAUGGAGAAAGAGGGAAGCGGCUUUGCUUUGACGCUGGACACUAAAGACUUUUCCCCAGAAGAACUGUCAGUCAGACAGGUGGGCAGGAAGCUGCAUGUCAGCGGAAAGAGUGAGAAGAAGCAGGAGGAUGGGAAGGGCUCGUACUCUUUCAGAACCCAAGAGUUCAGGCGGGUGUUUGAUCUUCCUCAAGGAGUGAAUCCUGAGGCGGUGACCUGCUCCAUGGCUGAUGGAAAGCUCUAUAUACAGGCACCAGUAAAUCAGCCGUCAGAUGCCGCUGAGAGGAUGCUGCCCAUUGACUGUCAAACUGUGAAGACAACGCAGCCAGAGACAGCCGACACCAGCACCACCCAGACGAGCUGAAAGCAUCGAAGAUGAGAUCUGCUCAACUCUACUGGACUACAUGAUGACCUCUCAUUUUAUAUUUUUAUAUAUAAAUCUUGUGUCUUUGGUUAUUGUUUCGUUUAAGUUUUGUAAUAAAAAAAACACCUUCUAUUGAACAAUGUAUAAAUAAUGAGAUAAAAUGUCA